UGUUGGGGGCUGAGUCCAGUCCAUCCCUGCAACAGUCUACAGAGCCUGUAGCUGAGAAGCACUGCCCUCCAGAUCAGGUCACCUGUCGUGUUCCUGGACGCCCCCUCAUGAAAGGACUUUAGCCUUUGGAGCUGUCACUUGCUCUGUGUCAUGGGAGCUCAGCAGGUUGGCAGGCCGUGAAAGAAAGGAGGAAACACCGCAGAGGCCACCUGCUGCCCAGUCAAGAUUCAUCAUGGAGCCAAGGGCAGCCCAGUUGCGGAAGAGAGCAGGGUCGAGAAGAGGGCAGGAGGACCCACCCUCCAGAGAAGGAAACACGGAGGUGCUUGGAGGCCUUGACUUGGUGCAAUGGACCCAACAUAUGGAGGUUGUAAAGAUGCAACUGCUGGAGCAAGCACAGAGACAGCUGCUGGAGCUGCUGGAUCAGGCCAUAUCAGAGGCCGUACAAUCCUAUCCAUCACAAGGCAGACCUCUGCCUUCUGUUCCUCCAGAUUCUUUGAGCACGACCCGGGAGCCAUCCCUGAGAAAACGGAAAGUUUUUAUCAUCCGCAAGUCCCUGCUUGAUGAGCUGAUGCAGGUGCAGCAUUUCCGGACCAUCUACCACAUGUUCAUCGCGGGCCUGUGUGUCUUCAUUAUCAGCACGCUGGCCAUUGACUUCAUUGAUGAGGGCAGGCUCCUGUUGGAGUUUGAUCUAUUGAUCUUCAGCUUCGGACAGCUGCCCUUGGCUCUUAUGGCAUGGGUCCCCAUGUUCCUGUCCACUCUGCUGGGGCCCUACCAGUCCCUCCGGCUGUGGGCAAGGCCCCAGGCCGCAGGGGCCUGGACGCUAGGGGCAGGCCUGGGCUGCGUGCUGCUGGCCGCUCACACAGCAGUGCUUGGCCUACUCCCGGUCCACGUGGCUGCCAAGUAUCAGCUCCCUCCAGCCUCCAGCUGUAUCCUCGUCUUUGAGCAGGUCAGACUCCUGAUGAAAAGCUAUUCCUUCCUGAGAGAGACUAUGCCUGGUAUCUUUCGUGCCAAAGGAGGUGAGGGGGUCCGGGCCCCCAGUUUCUCCAGCUACCUCUAUUUCCUCUUCUGCCCCACACUCAUCUACAGGGAGACUUACCCCAGGACACCCAACAUCAGGUGGAAUUAUGUGGCCAAGAACUUUGCCCAGGCACUGGGCUGUAUCCUCUAUGCCUGUUUCAUCCUGGGCCGCCUCUGUGUUCCUGUGUUUGCCAACAUGAGCCGGGAGCCCUUCAGCACCCGUGCCCUGGUGCUCUCUGUCAUGCACGCCACAUUGCCAGGCAUCUUCAUGCUGCUGCUCAUCUUCUUUGCCUUCCUUCACUGCUGGCUCAACGCUUUUGCAGAGAUGCUUCGAUUUGGAGACAGGAUGUUCUACCGGGACUGGUGGAACUCCACUUCCUUCUCCAACUACUACCGCACUUGGAACGUGGUGGUCCAUGACUGGCUGUACAGCUAUGUAUAUCAAGACGGGCUGUGGCUCCUUGGUGGUCAGGCCCGAGGGGCAGCCAUGCUGGGCGUGUUCCUGGUCUCUGCAGUCGUCCAUGAGUACAUCUUCUGCUUUGUCCUGGGCUUCUUCUACCCUGUCAUGCUGAUACUCUUCCUUGUCAUUGGAGGACCAAUGAACUUCAUGAUGCAUGACCGGCACACAGGUCCAGCGUGGAAUGUGCUAAUGUGGACCAUGCUCUUUCUGGGUCAGGGCAUCCAGGUCAGCCUGUACUGCCAGGAGUGGUAUGCACGGCGGCACUGCCCCCUAUCCCAGAGUUCUGGGCACCCUCACUGUCCUGAUGAUACCACCAAGUUCUUCUCUGCCUGCCAAACCUGGGACCAGGGCUCAUCUCUCUGCACUCCAAGACCUAGCUCUGAGGCAAGGGCACCCAGCAUGCAUGACCCUGCCAGAGAACUCCAAGACUGAGAUCUGUGGGCCUGUAGGCAGCUGAACAUAGACCCAGAAUGGUGCUGGCUCUUGAUCCUCCAUCCCCAUAGACUGGACACAGGGCCCCCUCCCACUCCAUGGCUGUCCGGACUUGAGACUCUUGAAGGACCUCAUGUAUUUGGUGAAUGUGAGGGGAUUUAGAGAAACCUGGGACCACCAAGGUCUGAGAAGGGU